AUGCCUACCCACACAAUCACCAUCGGCUCCUGGGGUCCGCAUCGCCCUCGCCCUCACCCCAUCCCUACUAACAAGUCGUUAGAAAACCUCGAUCCGACCUCCAACCUCCUCGGCCGCGUCUUCGACCGCGAUCCCGUCCUCCGCUUCCUGCUCUGCAACCUCUCCGACGACCAAUACCAGACGAGUCUACAAGCGUACUGGCGCGGCCUCUGCCGAACCGCGCUCCUCAACGGCGCGAUCAUCCUCGAAGCCGGCGGGUGGAAGGCGGUCGCUGUUAUACUCCCGCCUGGACGGACGGUCGAUAGUCCGUGGACGAUCAUCCCGGCGGCGUUGGGGUUCACGAGGGUUCUGUGGCGGAUUGGGGUUGCGGGGGUUGUUCCGGCCGGUCAAUGCGGCGAAGAAGAGGGUGCUGGGGAGCAGGCAGCAUUACUAUGUCUUUGCGAUCGGGACAGAGGUUUCGCUGACGAUUCAGGACUGGCGAGGGCUUUGAUCGAGUCGCAGAAGGAAACGGCGUGGUGCACGGAGGUCCCGAUUUGGCUGGAGGCUACGACGGCGUACUCGCGCGAUCUGUACCUGACGCUUGGAUUCGAGGUCGUCGAGGAGAUUACACUUGGUGAAGGGAAGGUCAACCGCGAUGGCUUCCUGGACAAAGAGGGACAGGGGGUGACGAUGUGGGCGAUGGUCUGGUGGCCGCAGCCUUCGCAGCGUGACGUGGUCACCCCCGAGGAUAGCUCAUCCAUGAUAAACCCCAGCACCGGCCCAGAGAAGUUCAUAUUCUCCGGCGUCACCGGCAACGUCGGCGGAAAGGGCAGAAAGACAGCAAAACUGAACACCCCCCUGGGCACAUCCCCGGUCACCCUCCUGACCACCAGAAACACCAGCGGAAACAAAUACGACACAUACAAGCCCAACGCACUCAGACUCAGAAUCGCAUUAAACGCCGCAUCCGAUCCCGCCGCCAUAAACGACAGCGCGAAGAUCCACGCACUCACCAGGCCCAACGCCCGCAGCGGGAUCUUGAAUCGUGCAUCAACCCUAACAAAGUACCCAGAAAAGGGCAACCCCCCAUCCCUCGCAAACGCCCACAUCAGCCUCGUCACCGAUGCAAGCCCAUUAAAGAACGCGAUAUACCCCGGCACCAUCCCGGAUGCCAUGAGCAUGAACGUCGCGGCCUUGGACCCCGUCGCCGCAUACGCGAUCUCGAUUAUGGGAUAUCCCCCCAACACUAAACACAACCCCGGGACUCGUCCACCCGCUGAACCCGCUCACAAACGUAUCCCAGACGAACGCGUCCGAGCUCCUGGGGGCAUGGCUGAUGAUGCCGAUGAUGAUGGGCAGGAACACGACGUGCAGCACGCCGCCGACAAUCUCAAUGAUCCCCAGAACCCGCCGCGCAAAGAUAUUGGUUACGAUGGGCGGGAGCGAGACAGCCCACAUCAGCAACGUAUUCUGCCACCCGUGCACGCUGAAGUCCGGAUGCGCCAGCUUAACCAGCCCCGUUAUCUGGGUUGCUAUGAGAAACGGCGCGAUCGCGCAGAGCGACGACCAGGCGAAGACGGUGAUCCAUCCUGUACCGCGUCAGCCUGCCAUACACUCUCCUGCCAAAUCUCCACCGAUGAUAUCUGCUUUGUAUACCACAAGAGAAGAGGAGGCCCACCCUGCAAGAAACUCCAAAACCGCGCACCCCCCGCACCCCCCGGCGCAAGCACAUACGUCCAAUGGUACUGCGCGCCCGCGGUGGGAUGCACGCUCGCGAGCUCGGCGAGGCUCAUGGCGAUUGCCAGAUUCCCGGCUAUGCUCAGCAGCAGGCCGUAG